UCGUCCAUGGGAUGUGCAGCUGAAACACCUCGAACAAGCCUAGCUAAGGCGGGUGCAUGACGAAGAUAUAUGCAAGCGAAGCUUAAUGAAGACAUACAACCGGCUCUACCUAACUCGCCAUUCAGUUGAACGCCGGAAAGAUAUUCUCACCUAUGAGUUGAGAAUGGAUGAUUCUACCGUGGACGGAUGCGAUUCACUUCUGCGUGUAGAGAACGAAAGGAAUGACGCUUUGACUGAUGCUUUUCAUAGUGCUGCUUCCGUUCCGCGAACGCCAGAGCCAAGCAAGAUCAGCGCGCCGAGCUUUAUGAUGUUCCUCCACCGCGUCAUCCAGGAAACCGCUCAUGUCAGAGAUAGCAAAGAUGGUUGGAUCUCCAUGUCUGGGCAUGUCCAGUCAAUGCUAUAUCUCGGGUGGCCGAGUUGGUUCGCUUGAUCUUUUUGCGACCGUCCCCAUCACCCAUUCCCGCCUUUCUCAUAAUCUGUUUCAACCACAUCGUCGUCAGCAUUUUGCGAAAGUUCCCAAUCAAGCUUACGGCUACAUUAAUCUGCGGACCUCCGCAGGGCCGGACCGUAAAUAAUCGAGUAAUGAAGGCCUUUCCGUGUUAUCAUCUGCUGGCAAGCCUUGCAGUAGCUUCCGCUCAGACCUUUCCGGGCUUCACCGUCACUAUCACGAACAAACUUGGUGUUACUUAUGGCGAUAUCUCUGUGUCCAAUGGACAGCAGCUUCCGCGAGCAGAUGUCCUCUCUCCGCCCAAUAUAUCAUCUUCUGACCACUUCUCUGCCACCGGCAAAGCCGUUCUCAUAAUGAUGGACAGCGACGUCCCUGCGAACAGCACGUCUCGCACUACGCUGCUACACUGGCUCGUGCCUGAUAUCACAGGCGUGACGGACGGCACAAACUCUACAUAUCUUACACUGCCUCCGUCCAACGACGGUGUGCCGUAUCAACCGCCAUCACCACCGCAAGGCGAUUAUCCACACCGCUACAGCUUCCUUCUGUACGAACAGACGCGCGAUUUCAGCAUCCCUAGCACCGUCAAUGCAAGUUCGAGGCGAGGCUUUGACCUCAAAGGCUUUUUGAACGACACAGGCCUUGUUACAUCACUGGCGGCGAACUACAUGCUCGUCGCAAAUGUAAGUGGGCCAGCGAGCACAAGCUUUCCGCCUGCACUGUACACUGCAAGUAGUACACUAGCGUCUAGCGAAGCCGCUGCUACGGCCACAUCCUCUGGAAGCUCUGGAAGCAGUGGAUCCUCAGCAAGCACGACUAGCUCAAGUGCGUCGGGCACGGCCGCUACAACAAACUUAUCAAACACGGGUGAGGCACAGGCAUUACGAGCUGGCUCGGGCGUUGCUUUGCUUGCCGCUAUCUUUGGAGUAAUUUUGAUUUAAUGCUUAGGCUUCUGAUCAUGUACUCUAGUAGCCAAAAGACUCCACAAAUAAAGUGUUGCUUCGCCGAUAUCAAAAGAGCGAGUGGCCAAGAUGCAGAUAAAAUCAACGGCUUCUGCAAUGGUCACUUAAUUCGUAGUCAUAGCGCUAUUGGAUCAGAAGCAGUUCUGGCUGAGAUCAAAAUCGUCGAAAGCAGUGGACAAUCGACGCACGAAGGCUAUCGAAUGAUUACGUUAUCAGUUCUUGCCAAUUG